AUGGAGACUCCUGCGGCUGUGCAGCCUGCUGCGGACGCCAUGAGGGUGUGCGGCGACACUACGCCCUCUGAGAUUGAUCGCGGGCGAUCUCUGGAAGAAGAUAGGGAAGAAGACACAAUCAGGUGGUGCCCAAAAAUCCAACGGUGCCUUCAAACACGCAAAAGCACAUUGGCCAGUCGCCGUGUUGCGGCGUGCUGCUCUCAGUUCAGGACCAUAUACGGUCCUAGAUUUCUUUUCCUGGCUCCACCGAACGAGUUUGGUGUGCCCAAGUUUGUUUCAACUACAAUACGGCCUACCAAACUGCCGUUCAAGGAGUGCUACGACUACCGCGAAUGUGCAGCAUUUUUUGCUGACUUUCUGUGCUAUGAGGAGCUCGAUCCGCCGAACCAGUAUCCGCCUGUACUUCCUUCGCCGUCUUCUGUAAUGACCUGGCGGAAAGGAGACAGUUUUGACUACGCAGUCUUAUUGUGUUCGGUCCUGAUUGGGCACGGAUACGACGCGUUUUGCGUCUCGGGAUGCGCUCCGGAAUUCAUCACGCGCGUGAAUCAGACCAAUGAUCUACCGUCAUUCUUGCGGGAGCAAAUGACGCCGGAGGCGAAACCGGCUCAGAAGUCGGACUCAGCGCCAUCGGCCGGCUCUGCAGACGAAGUGCCAACUAGUGCUGACGCUCCACCCGCCGGCGAACUGCGUGUUGUCCCGAGACAGGAGGACGAUGACGAUGUUGAGUUUGUCGUCCCGAGGCGCCUCCCGCCCGAGUCAGGAUUUCUCAAAAUGCUCGAGGAUGAGGCACACGAGAAAGAAGCCGCAAAGCAGGCUGAGAGCGAACGGAUCUUCGUGGAUGGCGAUGACUCCCUACACGGCGAAGACCCUUUCGAGGGUCAGCGGGUUCAUUGCUGGGUACUAAUCAAAAAGGGCAAGCGAGGAAUGGAGAAUGAUGUAUUUCUGGAACCUACGACAGGUCGGGCGUACACGUGCGUCGAAGCGCCAUACAUAUCUGUACAUUUUGUAUGGAAUAACGAGAACUUCUGGGUCAACAUGGCAGACCGCGUGCCCGUUCGACAACUGACCUGGGACCUAUACAAUACCCGUUUUUUCGAGUUCAUUCUUCUGAAGAAGUCCAAGGCUCUGCAAGCGCCAGUCAGUUGGGGCGCGCAGCUUAAGCUCACUCGCGAUGACAUUGUGAAGAGAUACUACGGCCUCGGCAAAACAGUGUUCUACAGGAACAGCAAAGUGGAGAACUUCGCUUUGUACUCACAGCCUGACGGUCUGGUCAGGAGAGUCACCCUUUUCAAGGAUGCUCAGCGAACGUUGCCGUAUCAGAUCUGGGAAACAUUCAAGCAAAGACGCGACUGCAUGUACGAGCGUGUGCGGUAUCCGGACGAAAGGAAAGUCAUGGAGCGGUACCUUCCCGGAACGCCCAACAGUCUGAAGGAAGUGAUUGAAGUGGAAGCAGUGAAGAGGGAGCUGGUUUUUUAUAAGUCUAGGCUGGACGGUCUGAUUCGACAUGUGGAGGUGAUAGGGGUAAAAAUGUUUGAGGAGUUCGAGGACCGCGAAGAUCGCCGAACGUAUCAGUCAAUCACUUUAGGAACGGAUGAGGACAGUUCGCGCGAAAAGAUUCGGAAGGAGGCGAAAGACGACGAAUACAAGAUCGUUUACUUGCUGGGGGAGGGUCGCGUACGAAUAAGCUUCCACCAUGCUGACGGUGCGAUCCUCCAGCCAGUCCUGAUGCUGAAGCGGAUUCACCGCUACCUCAUGCGCCAGAAGGAGAUGGUGAUGCGCUUCCGGAACUUCGUGGUGGAUCAAGCCUACCAAAUUCACGUUUGGCGCGGCCAGCAAGAGGCGGCCAUCACAGCGGCACGUGAGCUGGAGGAAAAACAUUUGCUGGCUCUCCGCGAGGGGGUGGCUGGAGCCUCACGUCCGCUCUUCCCAAGCAGCGAACGUGGAGCUCGCGCAGCGUAUGGUAGUGACGCAAACGGCGCUGCGGACGCUGACAAGCCGAACGCGCAGCAGACGGAGGAAGCGCCGAGGAGACAGAACGCAGAAGAAAACGCUGGACCACCCAUCUAUACAAAGCACACUCUUCAGCCAACGGUUUACGACGCUGCGAGGGAACUACUGAAGACCCACACCGACGAAAAGGAGGCUCGCGAAACGAAACAGAAGAAGAGAGAAAAUGAGGAGAUUGACAUUCUGGCUCCUUACUUCAUCGAAUUCAGGGGCCGACCUCUUGACGCCGCCACAGCUGAGCUCAUUGCAAAGCGCUGCAAGAACGACAUGCGUGCGAUCGCGAAACUCAACGAACUGGAGCACCUUCUUCUGACCGACAGCCGCCUCGCUCCCAUGUGGUCGCGAGAUACUUUCGGCUGA